AUGAAAACAAAAUUUGUCAAUUUUCGUAAAAAAUUUGAAGCAGGUCAUGCAGAAAAUAUAGUUCGUGAUUUUCAACGUGAAUCAAAAACAAACAAAAAUAUCCUAAAAAGAAGAAAUGAAAGUGAAUGGAAUUGUUUAACUACUGUUGCCUAUGUUGAAUCAGUUAUGAAACGUGUAUCACAUUUUGAAGAUAUUGAUUCAGAUAAAUUUGCAUGA